CAGCGGGGGGAGCCCAGGGGAGCCCGCCCGGCUCCGCCGCCCGGAGGGCUCCUCGGGAAUAAUCAUCGGCCUUCCUAAGGAUCGGGCGCGUGUUGGCGGAGUACCCAACGGGAGAGCUUCGGCCGUCUGCCGGGGAGGCGAGCAGCUGGAGGAGCGUCCCUUUUGAGGGGGCACCGCUGGAAGAACCUUUAUGGGCUCCUAAUGGCAUGCAGGUGGACGAUUUGCUGACGAUAAUUAAGGUCAACAUGGAUCUGUGGUUCUUCGUCCUUUUGCUGGGAAGCGGCCUGGUCAGCGUAGGUGCUCGCAAUGUCACAACAGAGCCCCCCGCCUCAGCGCCCACCUCCUCCAGGAGCCCCAGCAGAGCUCCUACGGCCGCUCCCGAGGACGGCAGGACGACGAGCGCCCGCGGCCUCAACGCCAGCUCUCCGGCGGCUCCUUCCACCCCGCCGUCGGAGCCGGCUACCACCACAGCCCCCAGCAUCUCCCCCAACACCACCACCGUCGUCUCCAACGCCUCCACGCCGGGGAUGUUGGUGCCCACCCCAGUGCCUCCGGACACCCCGCUGCUGCCCAGCGCCACGCCGCCUGCCCCCAGCACCACGGCCCCCAGCACCGAAGCGGAGGCGACCGAGGGGAACGUCAGCGCCACGGUGCCAAGCCAGGAGACCUCUUCUGCUUCCCACAACGGUAACUCCGACAAAAGAGAUGAGACUCCAAUUAUUGCUGUGAUGGUGGCCCUGUCUUCCCUCCUAGUCAUAGUAUUUAUUAUUAUUGUGCUGUACAUGUUAAGGUUCAAGAAGUACAAGCAGGCAGGGAGUCACUCCAACUCCUUCCGCUUGCCCAACGGCCGGACAGACGAUGCAGAGCCUCAGAGUAUGCCGCUGCUCGCCAGGUCCCCCAGCACCAACAGGAAAUACCCGCCUCUGCCCGUCGACAAGCUGGAAGAGGAGAUUAACCGCCGGAUGGCAGACGACAACAAGCUCUUCCGAGAAGAGUUCAACGCUCUCCCAGCGUGUCCCAUUCAGGCCACGUGUGAAGCUGCUUCCAAGGAGGAGAACAAGGAGAAGAACCGAUACGUGAAUAUUUUGCCCUAUGAUCAUUCCAGGGUUCACCUGACUCCCGUCGAAGGGGUUCCUGACUCUGACUACAUUAAUGCCUCCUUCAUUAAUGGGUACCAAGAGAAAAACAAGUUCAUUGCUGCACAAGGACCAAAGGAAGAAACGGUGAAUGACUUCUGGAGGAUGAUCUGGGAGCAAAACACAGCAACGAUCGUGAUGGUGACCAACCUGAAGGAGAGAAAGGAGUGUAAAUGCGCUCAGUACUGGCCGGAUCAGGGCUGCUGGACCUACGGGAACAUCCGGGUGUCCGUGGAGGACGUGACGGUGCUGGUGGACUACACCGUGCGCAAGUUCUGCAUCCAGCAGGUGGGCGACGUCACGAACAAGAAGCCUCAGCGCCUCGUGACGCAGUUCCACUUCACCAGCUGGCCCGACUUCGGGGUGCCCUUCACUCCCAUCGGGAUGCUGAAGUUCUUGAAGAAGGUGAAGACCUGCAACCCCCAGUAUGCAGGAGCCAUAGUGGUGCACUGCAGCGCCGGGGUGGGACGCACGGGCACUUUCAUCGUCAUCGACGCCAUGCUGGACAUGAUGCACGCCGAGAGGAAGGUGGACGUUUACGGCUUCGUGAGCCGAAUCCGGGCUCAGCGCUGCCAGAUGGUACAGACAGAUAUGCAGUAUGUGUUCAUAUACCAAGCGCUCCUGGAGCACUAUCUCUACGGCGACACAGAGCUGGAGGUGACUUCGUUAGAAAUCCACCUCCAGAAGAUCUACAACAAAGUGCCGGGGACCAGCAGCAACGGCCUGGAGGAGGAGUUCAAGAAGCUUACUUCGAUCAAAAUUCAGAACGACAAGAUGAGGACGGGCAAUUUGCCGGCAAACAUGAAGAAGAACAGGGUGCUUCAGAUAAUUCCAUAUGAAUUCAACCGAGUAAUCAUUCCAGUGAAGAGAGGUGAAGAAAACACAGACUACGUGAAUGCUUCCUUCAUUGACGGUUAUCGCCAGAAGGAUUCCUACAUCGCCAGCCAAGGGCCGCUGCAGCACACGAUAGAGGACUUCUGGAGGAUGAUCUGGGAGUGGAAAUCCUGCUCCAUCGUGAUGCUGACGGAGCUGGAGGAGAGAGGCCAGGAGAAGUGCGCCCAGUACUGGCCCUCCGACGGCUCCGUGUCCUACGGAGACAUCACCGUGGAGCUGAAAAAAGAGGAAGAGUGCGAGAGCUACACGGUGCGGGACCUGCUGGUGACCAACACCAGGGAAAACAAGAGCCGACAGAUCCGGCAGUUUCAUUUCCACGGCUGGCCCGAGGUUGGGAUCCCCAGCGACGGGAAGGGGAUGAUCAACAUCAUCGCGGCUGUGCAGAAGCAGCAGCAGCAGUCGGGCAACCACCCCAUCACUGUGCACUGCAGUGCCGGAGCAGGAAGAACGGGAACCUUCUGCGCGCUGAGCACUGUCCUGGAAAGGGUGAAGGCAGAAGGGAUUCUCGACGUCUUUCAGACGGUGAAGAGUUUAAGACUACAGAGGCCGCAUAUGGUGCAGACACUGGAACAGUACGAAUUCUGCUACAAGGUGGUGCAGGAAUACAUCGACGCCUUCUCAGACUACGCCAACUUCAAGUGAAAAAAAGACAAAAAAAGACAAAAAACAAAAAAAAGGACAAAAA